GGUGGCUCUGGGGCGGGGGCGCAGAGCUGGCAAGUUGAUUUGGCGGUGGCGGCGCCUACCCCCGCGCGGAGGAACGAAAUCGGUUCGGCGACGCCGGCGGAAACCUUAGUUCGAGCGGGAAGCCUGACAGUGGCAGGCGGCAUGUCGGUGGCGGGGCUGAAGAAGCAGUUCUACAAGGCGAGCCAGCUGGUCAGCGAGAAAGUUGGUGGGGCCGAAGGGACCAAACUGGAUGAUGACUUCAGAGAGAUGGAAAAGAAAGUGGAUAUCACCAGUAAGGCCGUGGCAGAGGUGCUGGUCAGAACCAUAGAAUAUCUGCAACCUAACCCAGCCUCGAGGGCCAAGCUGACUAUGCUGAAUACUGUAUCCAAGAUCCGGGGCCAAGUGAAGAAUCCUGGCUACCCACAGUCAGAGGGUCUGCUGGGAGAGUGCAUGGUCCGCCAUGGCAAGGAACUAGGCGGAGAGUCCAACUUUGGCGAUGCUCUGCUAGAUGCAGGUGAGUCUAUGAAGCGCCUGGCUGAGGUGAAGGACUCACUGGACAUCGAGGUCAAGCAGAACUUCAUCGACCCACUGCAGAACCUGUGUGACAAGGAUCUGAAGGAGAUCCAGCACCACCUGAAGAAGUUGGAGGGCCGCCGCCUUGACUUUGACUACAAGAAGAAGCGCCAGGGCAAGAUCCCUGAUGAGGAGCUGCGUCAGGCCCUAGAGAAGUUUGAGGAGUCCAAGGAGGUGGCGGAGACCAGUAUGCACAACCUCCUGGAGACUGAUAUUGAGCAGGUGAGCCAGCUCUCAGCCCUAGUGGAUGCCCAGCUGGACUACCACCGGCAGGCAGUGCAGAUCCUGGAGGAGCUGGCUGAUAAGCUGAAGCGCAGGGUGAGAGAAGCCUCCUCACGCCCCAGGAGGGAGUUCAAGCCCAGGCCCCAGGAGCCCUUUGAGCUUGGAGAGCUGGAGCAGCCCAAUGGGGGAUUCCCCUGUGCCUCAGCACCCAAGAUCACAGCUUCGUCAUCAUUUAGAUCAGGGGACAAGCCCACCAGGACGCCCAGCAAGAGUAUGCCACCCCUGGACCAGCCAAGCUGCAAGGCGCUGUAUGACUUUGAGCCAGAGAACGAUGGCGAGCUGGGCUUCCGAGAGGGUGACCUCAUCACGCUUACCAACCAGAUCGAUGAGAACUGGUAUGAGGGGAUGCUGCAUGGCCAGUCAGGCUUCUUCCCACUUAGCUAUGUGCAGGUGCUGGUGCCUCUGCCUCAGUGACUGCGCUUGCACACUGACUAGCGCCUGCACACGCUGCCAGUCACAGUGUGGCAGUAGUCUAAUGCCAAGGUGCUCUAUAAACACUAAUGUUCCUCCAGGGGAGACCUCUUCCCUCCUCCCUCAGCCCUGGGGCCCCCCAUCCUAAGACUCAGAAAGGCCCACCCUGAGGUUCUAUUACCUUUCUGGUGGUGGCAGCUCCCACCUAUUUCAACCCUUCCCAGCCCGUUGCUGGCGAUGGGCCCAUGCCCCUCUCCAGGCUCCCUAGGGGAGGCAGGUCCUUGGGAUCCCCAGCCUGCAAGCACAGCCAGCUCAGCAUAUGGAGACACCUGGCACCUGCUGCUCAUUCAGAAGUGCACAAGGCAUGAACGUGUACACUUCCCAUGGGACCACAGACCCAGCUCAGCCCUGUUGAAGACCAAGCACAAAGGCCCUGAAGAGUGGACAUUCCCAGGUCCCUGGCACCUUCCCCUGAGCCAGCUCCACUGCUACCUGCUCAUGUGACUCUACAGCUGGCCACAGGCAGUUGGCAGGUCCCUUUUCAACCAGCAUGCGAGGCUGGCCACAGCCGCGGCUCUGCAUCAUGAGGGAGGCUUUGGCUGGACUCAGUUACACUCUUCUCUACAGCUGCCCCACAACCCGUGGCUUGUCCCUGGUACGUGGGGCCACACCCAUGCCCCCUAGAUGGGCAACACUGUCCUCCAGCCUGUGAAGUGGACUUUACUCCUAAUUUUUUUUUUUUUAAAAGUAUUAAAUAUCUCUUUCUAUA